UUGAUGGCUGUAUUUUCUUGUAUGUUGUUCGUCAGGACACAGCAGGGCAGGAGAGGUACCGCACUAUUACCACAGCGUACUACAGAGGGGCCAUGGGCUUCCUGCUAAUGUAUGACAUCACUAACCAAGAAUCCUUCUACGCUGUGCAAGACUGGGCGACUCAGAUUAAAACGUACUCAUGGGACAACGCUCAGGUGAUUUUGGUGGGGAACAAAUGUGAUCUGGAGGACGACAGACUGGUGUCCAGAGAAGACGGCCAGAGACUGGCUAAUGAGCUAGGCUUCCAGUUUUUCGAGGCCAGUGCAAAGGAUAACAUUAACGUCAAGCAGGUGUUUGAGCGGCUGGUUGACAUCAUCUGUGACAAAAUGAACGAGAGCUUGGAUGGAGACCCGAGCAUGUUAACCAAUCACAAAGGCCUGAGUCUGCAAGACACGCCCCCUGAUGAACAGAGCGGCUGUGGAUGUUAAUGAUCAUCUCUCAACAAACACUCAUACUUGAAGGCAAACAUUCACACACAUGCACUCACUCAGUCCCUCUCUCUCUUACACACAUGUACACCAGAAGAGAGACUCUUUCACAAGUGUACUGCCAAUGUAUAGGAUGAAAUGCCAACCAAACAGUAAGAAUAUGGCAUAAGCCCCUUAAAAUGAAUAAUUUUAGUUACAUAAACAGGCCCCUCAGGGAUUGAAUGAAAUGGGAUGGGUUUAUCUCAGUGUGAUGUGUGGCUGCCAGUACACUGAACUGUGAUAUCAUGAUGAGAACAGCCGGGAAAAUACUGCAUGAAACUGCAGGAAUCAGAAAUUCACAUGCCAAAGUCUCAGCUUUUUAGGAAAGUUUCAAACUACUCCAGUGUCUGUUUACAACAUGCUCAGAUAAAAUGCGUCUGGUUGUCAUUGUGCAGUAGCUUUGAAAUGUAUACUGAUUAUUUUAAUGGAUGCAAGAUGGAUGCAUGUUUUACUUCAAUAUAGGUGAUAAAACAUUUUAGGACUGCUCUGGAAGUAUCCAGUCCAUAUGAUUGUCAGUCUAGUUUUUGUUACUUGUUUCAAAGUAUGUCCUUAAUUCAGAUUAUAUUUGUCCUUGCCAUUUGCUUUGAACGCAAUAAAUUUGCUUCCCUGUGGACACUAAAGGAGUAUUAAUAUAAUGUAUAU